AUGAUAAGUGGACUAUUCAAGAAAAAGUUGCUUCUACAUUCGGGGAGGUUUGCUGCUUAUGCCACCUCGAAUUCAUUUAAAACAGCUAUUGAAGCCUCUGAAAAAUUGGUGUCACCUCGAGCAGCAGCAGCAACAAAGUCCAAAUUUCAAGAUCCCUUCUCCAUAGUUAGCCAUGAAAUGUCAAAUUUGGCCAAAUCUAUAGCGAGUCUAAUAGGUUCGGGACACCCGACACUAAAUCGAGUCAGCUCGUACUAUUUUGAAGCUGAAGGUAAGAAUGUUCGACCUCUCAUUGUAUUAUUAUUGAGUAAAGCAUUACUGAAUAUACCUUUACUGGAACGGCAAAGAAUACCCAUCGAUGAAUACGAUGUAACUGAACAAGAGCAUAUUAAGGGAACCCCCAAGUUUGGCCAAGCAUCAAUUGCUGGAAAUAGCGUAGAUGAUAGUUUGAGCCCUUUACGCAUUUUGCAUGGUAUAAACCCGAGAAUAAUAUUGGAUCCUUUGAGCAAGCCUAUGGACCAAUUGCCACAAAUGGAUAAAAUGAAUGGGAUCUUACCAAAACAACGAAGAUUGGCUGAAAUCGUUGAAAUGAUACAUACUGCUAGUUUACUUCACGAUGAUGUGAUUGAUUUAUCAGAUUCAAGAAGAGGAAGACCUAGUGGGAAUAUUGCAUUUACCAACAAGAUGGCAGUACUCGCGGGGGAUUUCUUAUUGGGAAGAGCUUCUGUUGCCAUUGCAAGAUUGAGGAACCCAGAAGUUAUCGAGUUGUUGAGUACCACAAUUGCAAACUUGGUUGAAGGGGAGUUUAUGCAGUUGAAAAAUACCGUUUUAAGCAAUAAAGAGGAAAACGAAAUAAUCAAUAACGAUGGAGACCUGAAAAAAGUGCCUAAACCUACCGGCAAAGUGCCUACUAAGCAACAUGAAUACUCAGUUUCUAACGACUCGGACUUGGUAGAUCAUGAAACAAACGUGCAAGCAGCAUUUGAAUAUUAUUUGCACAAGACUUAUUUGAAGACCGCGAGUCUCAUGUCCAAAUCGUGUCGUGCAGCUGCAGUACUAAGUGGUGCACAAGAUAACAUAAUUGAAAACUGUUAUCAGUUUGGACGCAACCUCGGAUUAUGUUUCCAAAUAGUUGAUGACAUGCUUGACUAUACCAGUUCAGACACAAUUUUCGGCAAACCAAGUCAAGCCGAUUUAAAGUUGGGGUUAGCUACAGCUCCCAUUUUAUUUGCAUGGAAACAAGACCCCGCAUUGGGAGAACUUAUAGCGAGAAAAUUCAAGCAAAAGGGAGAUGUUGAAAUAGCAAGAAAUGCAGUUGAAAAAUAUCGUGGAUUAGAGCAAACUAAGCAAAUGGCCACCAAGUAUUGUAUGGCAGCCUUAGAAAAUCUUAGACAAUUACCUGAAUCCGAUGCGCGUAGUGCAUUGGAGCUAUUGACAAAUUCAGUCUUGACAAGAACCAAAUGA